GAAGAAAACUUUACCGAGGAGCUACGGAGAGCUUGCGCGCUUGGAAAGGGGCUAAGGAGCAGGGUAGGGAGGGAAAAGAGGCCGGCGGUGUUCAGGCAUCACCACUGGCAGCCGCAGGGUCCCGGGAGGCGCGGUGGGGAGGUGGGGCUUGCUGCGGGCAGGGACGUGGCCGGAGCAGCCGUUCGGGAGCGUGUGUGGAGCCGUGUUGACUGCUGAGCCAGCGUCGACACUGCCGCCAUGCCCGGGCCCAACCCCAGCGCUACGAGCGUCGGUUCCUCCGGCCGCUCCCCUAGCAAGGCCGUGGCUCCUCGUGCCGCGGGCUCCACUGUCCGGCAGAGGAAAAAUGCCAGCUGCGGGACAAGAAGUGCAGGCCGUGCCACAUCCACAGGCACUGGUGGGAUGUGGCGAUUCUACACUGAGGACUCUCCAGGGCUCAAAGUGAAAUGUUUCCUGAAACACUGUUCUUCCUCUUCCUGAUAACCACUGAGCAAAGAGUUUGUUCUGUUUCCCAGUAUUAGUCUGUGUCUGCCUGCAGGUUCCUGCUUCUUUGUAGAGUUUGAAGUCACUUCUGCUGAACUUUUCUUUGUUAUACACUUGUAAAAUCAUUUGGUACCUGAGUUAUGACUCCUGAAACUUUCUCUUGAUUUUUGCCCUUGAGUGUCUUUAUUGGGUUUGGUUGGGUUUUGUUGCUGUUGCUGGUUUUAACAACCUUUAUCCUAGAUCAUACAACUGCAGUCAGCAUAACUUAUAAAAGUUUGAUUUGUGAUCUUCUCAUUUACUCUGCUUGAGUUUCCUCCAUAUUAGGGAGUGUACAGUUCUCAUCCUUUGCAAAGCCCAGCCAGAUUUUUUCCAAGUGAAAAAAUAUUGCUUCAGCUAAUGUAUUGCUCUUCUGAGCUCUCCGAGGAGAGGAGGGUGUAGUGGAGACACCAGGAUUGUAUUUUUUUUGGGUCUAUGACAGAGGAAGAGCAUGGAAGUAGGUACAGAAUAGCCAUCAAACUCACUGGGGCAUUAUAAAUAUUCUCUCUGCGUUUCAAUGUAAAACUGAGACAGUUCAAUGUACUUGCAAGUUCCUCCUCUGCUGAAACUAGGCUGUGGUCUCCCUCAUCUCCAGACAGUACCUUUUGCAAGGGAGUGUGUGUGGGACUUUCUCAGGCUUUCCAGUUACGUCUGUUCUGCCUUACAUUAAUAGUCAUUGAACCACAGAAAGACUGACUUGGCUUCCUUCACACUCUUGUUGUAAAUCAAGCAGAGCUGGGACUUGUGUCUGGUUCUCUCAUAUACUACAUGAAUUUCCCUGACAAGCAAAUUACGAUUAUCCUGGCAUUCUUCCUAGUUUUGACCCAAGUUUGUGCCUCUCCUUGUUGAUGCUGCCUUAUUUUCACCAAAGCUUGUAUUUGGCUAAUGAAUAUUUUUAACAGUAACAGAAAUAACAAUUAUUGUGUAGCCACACAACUAAGAAUCCUAGAAUCUUAAUUGGGAUGGUUAUU